AUGGCGUUUUGCUACGUCUGCCAGGAAGCCAUGAAAGAGGGGAAGGUGUCGAACCACAAAGCUGACAAGAGUUUCAUUACUGCUGGUUUCUGUAAUUGGAAAGAUGGUAUAACCAAAUUCAAGAAGCAUCAAAACUCCGACUGCCACAAGGAAGCCUUUGAACGACACAUACAACUACCGCAGCAGACGAAAUAUGUUGGUGAGAGCCUCUCGGCUGUACAUUCCGAGGAGAAGAUAAACAACCGACACCAGCUAUCAACAAUUCUGAGGAGUAUACGUUUCUUAGCACGCCAGGGACUGCCUCUACGCGGCCAUGAUGAUAGCCAGUCCAACUUUAUCCCGAUACUGAAACUGUAUGGUCAGUCCGAUGAGUCGAUAUUGAAGUGGAUGGAAAAGAAAACCAUGAAGUUCACGUCCGCAGACAUGCAGAAUGAGAUACUACAACUCAUGGCACUUGGAAGUCUUCGACAGGUCGCUAAGAACAUCAGAGAUGAUGGCUUUUUUACAAUCAUGGCAGAUGAAACGACUGAUCAGUCUAAUCAUGAACAAGUUGUGAUCGUGCUAAGACAUGUUGAUAGUGACCUAACUGUGUAUGAGGAAUUCACUGGACUGUAUGUGGUGUCAUCUAUUGAUGCACAGACUUUGACCAAUGUCAUCUUGGACACACUGAUUAAAAUGAAUUUGACAUUUGAGUAA